CAAUCGGAAAAAGACGACUCCAGCUCUUCUCAAUUCCCACAACCACACCGCCGCUCCAGCUCGUAUCAGAUUUCACACUUUAGUGGGUCUGGAAAUGUUGGACGAGAGUAAAUUUGACGUGCAUUUGAAGUUGUGGGCGCUUCGGAUUCCUCGUGAGCUCUGCAAGGUCGCCACUCGAGUACUAAAUGGAUAUUUGCUUGAUAAACCUCGUGUUAAGCCAAUUACGGAGGACCCUACUAGUGAAAGAAACCGUUACAUGAUAUUAUCGGAGAAGGUCCAAGAUUCCGACUUAUCUGUUAUUCCGGAGAAAGUUCUCAGUGAACUGAAGGAUCUAUGCGAAAUUGAUGUAGUUCCAUAUUCGUUGACACUAGGGUACUCGUAUUGGGGUGCAGACCAUAUUUUGAAGCAGAUUCUUCCCCCUGGAGUGGAGGUUCCUUCAUCUUUUGAAACAAUAGUUAAGUACUCAACUCAUGAUUUUACUUAAUGUCACGUUGCCCAUCUGAAUAUACAUGAUGAGUUAAUUCCCUACAAGGAUGUGAUUGCCAAAGUUAUUUAUGAUAAGAAUUAUCCAAGAAUCAAGACAAUUGUCAAUAAAGUUGGAUCUAUUUCAAAUGAAUUUCGUGUGCCAACAUUUGAAGUUUUAGCAGGAGAAAAAGUUAUGGUUACAGAAGUGAAACAAUAUGGAGCGACUUUCAAGCUUGAUUACAGCUUGGUCUAUUGGAAUUCAAGAUUGGAACAUGAACAUAUAAGGUUGGUUUCUCAGUUUCGAGCAGGGGAAGUCAUAUGUGAUAUGUUCGCUGGUAUUGGCCCUUUUGCUAUUCCUGCCGCACAGAAAGGAUGCAUAGUGUAUGCAAAUGACUUAAAUCCGGAUAGCAUUCGUUAUUUGAAGAUCAAUGCAGAGAUUAACAAGGUCGGUGACCAUGUUCACGCUUACAAUCUUGAUGCGAGAGAAUUUGUUUCUCAAUUGAUGGCAGUGCCUGACAGUGGGAAAGAAUUGAAUUCCGAUGCCUCCAUGCUCAAGACUUGCGAGACAUGUACCAAUCAUGGUAGUCAGGAAUCAGCAUCAGGCAAUGGAAUGAUGCUAACCGUCGAGGCAAAAGAGGUACCAGAUAGUGUUACUUCUGAUGUGGACGAUCUACAAGGCUCUAGUAGGAACACAGAUGCUUCAGUACCUCCAGCUAAAAGACCUGCAAAUAUUUGUCAAUCAGAGUGUGGAAGAGUUGAUGGCACAAACAGUCUUGUAACUGGUAGGAGCAAAGGAAGCAAAAAUAAGAGAAUAAGAGGCUCUGAGAUCAUCAAUGUUAAGACUUGGGAGCAUGUCGAUCAUGUGAUAAUGAAUCUCCCGGCUUCUGCUGUUGAAUUUCUAGAUGCAUUUAGAGGGGUGAUCCAGAGGAGAUAUUGGAGGGACACUCUUCCUUUGAUUCACUGCUAUUGUUUCAUCCGAGCAAGUGAAACGCAAGAAUAUAUUAUCUCAGUGGCAGAGGCUGCUUUGAAGGCCAAUAUAAAAGACCCAAUAUUUCACAGGGUGAGGGAUGUUGCUCCAAACAAGGCAAUGUUCUGCUUAAGCUUUAGGCUGCCAGAAGCAUGCCUCAAUUAAGAUUUCACCAAAGACCAUGGAUGAGCACUGUUCCUUCAUUUUGGAUUUUGCAAAUGGAGAGAUCACACAAACUGAAGCUGGUUUGCUUUGUUUACCGCUAACGCAGAAAUAUCUCCAACUGAAAAGAAAGCCAAUACCCUGCACCAAGUGAUCAAACAAGUUACUUAAACUUUCUGUUAAACACUAGUAUCCUUCAAGAUCAAGGUGACAGUCACAGAUAUCUGAUAUGGAGUUAUGGACCAAGCUUGUACAAAUUGUAACAAGUGAUUAGGUUUCAAUUUAACA